AUGGGGGAGGUGGAAGAAGAGCUCACUUGCUUCUUCAAAAUUUGUGUUUCAACAAUAGUCUCAGUAUCUUACUGUUACUAUGUAUCGCCCAAAAUCAAACCGGGUGUCUUUAGAUUACUCUCUGUUCUCCCUAUAUGUGCUUUGUUCUUUGUUCAUCCUCUGUUUCUCUCCUCUGCACAUCUCACUUUCAUCACAUCAAGUUUCACAAUACAUGCUAUUUUUAAGCUUAUCCUCUUAGCCUUUGAUACAGGUCCUCUUAUUCCACUUCCACCAAACCUCAUCCAAUUCCUCUGUUUUACUAGCUUCCCUAUCCAUCCUAAACAAAAGCAAGAAUCUCAAAAUUUUCUCCCUAAAGUUCUUUACGCGGCUAAAGUUGUGGUAUUUGGCGUUGUCUUACAUAUCUUUAACCACAGACAAAAUAUGCCUCCGAUUAUAUUAUUGGGUCUUUAUCCAUCGUAUAUAUACCUGGCUCUUGAGGUGCUCUUAACGCUCCUCAGAGUUGUGGUCACUAUCACUUUUGGGUGCCAAUCUGAGCCAAUUUUCAAUGAACCAUACUUAGCCACAUCUCUUCAAGACUUCUGGGGUCGCCGGUGGAACCUCACGGUCUCGGCUCUUCUCCGAUGGAGCGUCUAUGGUCCAGUGAGGCGACUCUGUAAAAACUCCGAGUGGUCUGUAAUGGUCGGUGUUUUGGCAUCAUUCUUAGUCGCUGGUCUGUCUCACGAGAUGCUCUUCUUCCAUAUUAACCGUGAGGCGCCCACUGGGCAGUUCACUUGGUUCUUUGUGUUUCAUGGAGUUUGCUUGGUGGCCGAAGGGGCGGUGAAGAAGAUGGCACGUGCACGGGGGUGGGUGGCGAUACCGGUGGUGUCUCAGCUGCUUACGUUAGGGUUUAUCAUUAUGACCAGUGGUUGGCUCUUUUUUCCUCUGUUUAAACGGAGUGGCAUGAUGGACAGAUUCGCCAAUGAAUAUGUUUUACUUCUAGAUUACGUUAAGCGCCAACUAUAUAUGUGA